AUGAAGUCCAGACGCCGAUACAUUGCCGCACUACCACCACAACAACAAGAAAUCACAAAACCUCAAAGAACUUUUAACAGGACGUUUCUUUUCUGUGACAAGCUCUCUCUCUCUCUCUCUCUCUCUCUCUCUCUCUCUCUCUCUCUCUCUCUCUCUCUCUCUCUCUCUCUCUCUUCAUCUUAUUCCUUGCUGCCAAGACGUAAUCUUCAAGAACUCCCCAACUGCGAGUGGCCAUUCGACUCACUCGACAUUUUUCUACCUGUCACCGGGCGUUCGUCGCCCAAAUACGACGCCAUGAAUCGCAAUUGUCAAUCGAUAUCCGCUUCGUUAACGCUUGGUUUAGCAACACGUAACACAUGUUGUUACACAAUUGCGAUAUUAUCUAUUUCAUGUUCAUUUCUUUUAGCCCAGUUUUCUUUUCUUUUUAUUUCUACCUCAACCUCUAUUUCUUUUUUAACUUUAUCGACUAAUCAGUCCUUUCCUUUCCUCGCUAAUUCUCUCUUAUUCACUUCUUACAUUUUUACCUUUCAUUCUCGUACGCUAACGCUUUUUUUUUUCGACUUCUUUCUUUCACUUAUUUUCAUAUUUCUUUUCCUUUACAUUUUUGUUCUGUGUUCAUAUUUUUUAUCAGUUUUGACAUUUUAUUCAUCUUUCAUUCCUUAUUUUAUAUUUUUUUAUUCAUUUUUUUUUCUUUUUCAAUUUUUUUUAACAUUUUUUAUUUCAUGUUUGGUUAUUCAUUUUUGUUUAUAUCUUUUUUUUGAAUUCAUUUUUUCUUUCAUCUUUUUUCUUCUUCUUUUGUUCGCCUUCUUCUUCUUUUCCCAAAAUGUUCUUUCUCUUCUUCUUAUUAUUAUUAUUAUUUCUUAUUAUUAUUAUUAUUAUUAUUAUUAUUAUUAUUCUUCUUCUUCUUCUUCUUCUUCUUCUUCUUCUUCUUCUUCUUCUUCUUCUUCUUCUUCUUCUUCUUUUCUUUUCUUUUCUUCUUUUCUUCUUUUCUUUUCUUCUUCUUCUUCUUCUUCUUCUUCUUCUUCUUUUCUUCUUCUUCUUCUUCUUUUUCUUCUUGACUUCUUUUCUUCUUCUUUUCUUCUUCUUCUUCUUCUUCUUCUUUUUCUUCUUCUUCUUCUUCUUCUUCUUUUUCUUCUUCUUCUUUUCUUCUUCUUCUUUUCUUUCUGUUCUUCUUCUUCUUCUUCUUUUCUUCUUCUUCUUCUUCUUCUUAGAAUUCUUCUUCUUCUUCUUCUUCUUCUUCUUCUUCUUCUUCUUCUUCUUCUUUUCUUCUUUUCUUUUUUCUUUUUUCUUCUUCUUCUUCUUCUUCUUCUUCUUCUUCUUUUCUUCUUUUCUUCUUUUUUUUUUCUUCUUUUUUCUUCUUCUUCUUUUCUUCUUCUUUUUCUUCUUUUCUUCUUAUCUUUAUUCUUCUUUCUUUUUUCUUUUCUUUUUUUUUCUUUUCUUCCUUUUUCUUCUUUAUUUUCUUUCUUUAUCUUCUUAUUUUUCUUUCAUUUUUCUUACUUUUUUUUUAUUCUUGCUUAUUUUUCUUCUUUCCUUUUUCUUUUUUUCUUUUUCUUCUUCUUCUUCUUCGUAUUCCGCUUUAUUUUUUAUUUCUUCAUUUUUUCUUCGUCUUUUGCUCUUUUUCAUUUUCCCUUAUCUUCUUUUUUAAUUUAUCUUCUUACGUUUCUACCCCUUAAUUUUUUCUCUUCCUUCUUCUCCUUUUCUACUCUCUUUCCCUUACCGACAUGUUUUUACUUACUCUCUUCCUUUCUUCUUAAUCUCCACGAUUUACUCUUCUCUUUAUGUCUUCUUUCUCCACAUAUGUUUAUUCUCUCUCUCUCUCUCUCUCUCUCUCUCUCUCUCUCUCUCUCUGUUGCUUUACACUCCACGAUUUACUUACUCUCCUCUCUUCUUCUUGCUCUUUCUUUUCUUCACUCCCCUCAGUUACUCUCCUUGUUUCUUAUAACUCUCAUUUCUACGUUUUACUUGCUCUCCCCGCUUCCCACACUUACUUACUCUCUUCUCCUAUCUUCUCCACCAUUUCCAAAUGCGCGCAAUCCCUUUUAUAAUUUAGUCUUGUUCGAGGUAUCAAAAGUGAAGUGCACACGUGUUACUUAG